AUAUUAAUUUAUAUCAAAUAAUUUUAUGUAAAUUAAUAUAUAGACACGCCAAGUACUUAAAAAUCUCAUUCUGACACUUCAAAAUAAUGUGUCACAGACGAAUGCUCGAAUGAGUGCAUCACGCGUGAUGCACGGAUACUUCACAUGCGCGUAACAUAUAUCUAUACAUAAACACAAUAUACAGUGAAACAGUGAAAUAAUUACGAAUUAGGUAAGCCACAGGCGCAAUAUUCGCGGAACGUCGCGUGAUUUAUGUAGUAUUGCGCGCAAUAUAUGAUAGUAAUCAAAGUUCCCGUGCGGGCGUCACUGUUUUCUACACAUUUCUACCGCUUCUGUGAUGACUAUACCAGAUCUCAUUCGCAUCGCGUGGCGUCAGUCGUCAGUCGAGUUCAGUCGAGCCUCGAGCAGUCUCGGGCUGCGAGCAGCGUGGAGCACAAGUGUUUUUUUUUUCAAGUUUCUGUAAAAAAAUAUCGCAUAUCUUUGAGAAUAAGUGAACUAUUUAGAGAGUGAGAGAGAAUCACUCGAGCAAAGUCAAAGUGUACAACAUUAUAAAUCAUCGUAUGCUCAAGAUGGGCUCGAACUUUUCUUUCUCGAUUCUGAUCGUCCUAUUGUUCAAGUUUUUUACACAUGGUUUACCACUGCAAGAGGAACUUUACGAAGGCAGUUACUGCAAGACGGAGGACGGCGAGGCAGGUGUAUGCAAAAAGAUACACGAAUGUCCAUCCAGACUGCAAGAGGUGAAAGAAGGUAGAAGAAGCUCGGAUUCGAUGGGUCGUUGCGGCUUCCAGGAUUUCACGGAAAUCGUUUGUUGUCAGUUCAAUAUUACGGACAAAAUAGGACUUCGACCAGCAGAGCUAGCAUGUCGCCAAUAUGAAAAUGAGAUCGAGUCCAACGGUAAGGCGAAAAGGGACACGGUUAAGGCCGUUAAGGCUCAGGUGCAGUUUAACAUAUACGGCGGCACGCAAAGCGAGGCCGGGGAAUUCCCAUACAUGGUUGCUCUGGGAUAUGAGAACGAAGACAAGGACGAAGACGACGACGAUUCGGAAGCUAUCAAGUACAACUGUGGUGGCACGUUAAUUUCUUCGCAAUACGUACUGACUGCUGCUCACUGCGUCAGUAAUAUACAGGAGAAAGUACCGAUAGAGGUGAGAAUCGGCAGCGAAGAUCUGAAGAGCGUUGGGGACGAUGCACAACGAAUUCCCAUAAGUAACGUAAUACCGCAUCCGGAGUACAAGCGCAGCGUGAAUUACAACGACGUAGCUAUUUUGAAACUAAGUACGCCUGUACGCAUGGCGAGUAACGUACGGCCGAUCUGUAUCCAAACGAAAUCUUUAGACUCCAUGAAUGUACAAUCGAACAUAACGUUUAUCGUGAUUGGCUGGGGCGCUACCAGCUUCGACGAGGACGGCAGUACCAAAUUGAUGAAGACCCCGGGUCUCAAUCUCGUAGACAGGGAAUCGUGCGCCAAAUCGUUUGACGGUUUCGGCAAGUUACCCCGCGGUUUGGACGAGAAUAUGCUGUGCAUAUUGGACAGCAAUGUUACGAGAAGGGCAGACGCCUGUCAGGGAGAUAGCGGCGGACCCUUAUUGAUGUUCACCGGAUCUAGUCACAGCAUUGUGGGAAUCACGGCUUUUGGGCAAAAUUGCGGGGGCCCUAUACCGGGAGUUUACACAGCGGUAUAUUCUUUCUUGGAAUGGAUCGAGAAGGAAGUCUGGCCGGAAACGAUUAACGAACGGUAGAUGGAUCGUAUCUUAUCAUUUUGAUUCGAGACUCUCCGUUCAGUGACCCAGCUACUAAUUGUCAGCAUGAGUAACGUGACGCGAUAUAUUUAAAUACUCUAAACGACUUGUGCUGUUAUUACGUAUGGUUAUUACAAUAAUCUAGUCUGAAGCUAUUCGUGUAUUCGGUCUACGCAGCAUUUAUUCUUUCAAUUCCUAUCUUACAAUGCGCUUUUGCGAAUUUUAUACUUUUAUACAUGUUACUCUACUCUCGAAUAAUGUCAUUCUGAAUGUAUACGUGCUUCAAUAAAACAUGAAUAUUCA